ACUGCCCUGAGAGCCACGGGACUUGCACGAGGCACGCGCUCAUUUCCAAACGAGACGGUGAUGGUGGCAGAGGCGUCGAAGAUUAGGCUCGCCUUUUCCGCCUAUCCGCAGGUGGGGAAUAAGGGUCUCCCGUGGAGUACUGCCGAGAUCCAGUGCUCUCGCUGUGGAAGAAGAGUGUCCAGAGCUUCCGGUCACCAGGGAAUUCCAUGUGGACAUGUUUUUUGUGAACUGUGCUUGUUAACUGAAGAAAGCAGAAUUGUGUGCCCUGGUUGUGAGAUUGCUACAGCUGUAAAUAUGAAACAAGGAUACUGCCCAAUAGACGAAUAUACUAAGGAAGAUAAUUUUAUGGAAAAAUUUCAACCUCAAACGAUGAACUGCUCUCCAGACUUUGAAAAGAUGGCUGAUCAUGAUCAGCUAACUGUUCAUGUGGAACAUUCAACUUCCAUUCACAGGACUGUGUUGAGCUCAUCAGGUGUAACAUUGGAGACUAAAACUACAGAAGAAAUUGAUGAAGCAUUGAAGAUUGCAGGCUAUAAUUUUGAACAAUUAAGUAUUGCUGUAAAAAUGCUUGAACGCACACAGAAUCAAACAAAAGAGGAGACAGACAGUCUUAUAGAGGUUAUGGAGAAACAGUUUGAUAAAAUUUUUGCUUCUCUUGACUCCAGGAAAACGAAGUUAUGUGAAGAACUUGUAAGAAAUAUGGAUGAUUAUUUAUCACAUUUAAAAAUGGCCAAAAGCUACAUUGAAGGGAAAAAAAAUCAUUUGGAUGCAGCUAUGAAGAUAGCAAAAGAAUUAAAAUCAGCACCUUCUCUGAGGACAUUUUAUGACCUUAACCAGAUUAUCCGGGCUUUGAAGUUAACAUUUGAGAGUGAAUUAUCACAAGUUAGUUUUCUAAAACCGAGGAACCCUCCCAGGUUGAAUAUAAAUUGCAAUGAGAUUAUCUGUAUGUUAAGCAGUAUGGGAAAGAUUGAAUUUGAAGAUUCAACAAAAUGUUAUUCCCAAGAAAAUGAAGCUGGACAUAAUGUUCAAAAGAAGUAUAAUAGUAAAAAAGAACUUUCUUAUGAUACAUACUCAUCACUGGAAAAGAAACAGGUUGACUUGUCUUUCCCGAGCAGUGAAGCACUAGCAUCUCCUUUGCAACCAGAGAAUGGUGACAUACAACCUGAAUGGAAAAACAACCAGCCACAGAAAGAAGUGGUGGCAGUGACAUCCCCUAAAACCAUUGCUGUGCUACCUCAGACUAGCUUGAGCCCUGAUGUGAUAAUUGAAGAAAUUAUUGAAGAAAACCUGGAAUCAUGCUUCACAGAUGAUCUUGUGGAGACUCCUAGCCAUUGUAAAAAACCUCUUCAGAAAGAGUCAGCUCUUCCUUUUGGAUCAGAAGCAGGUUCUCCAGAGCUGGUUUUUGUGAGCCAUGUAAUACAUCCUUGCCACUUCUACGUUCAGAAGUAUUCACAGGUGAAAGAUAUAACAGUAUUGGAGAAGGUGAAUCAAAUUUGCAACAAGAGUUUACAUCUUGAUCCUUCAGAUGUUUUGGAACUAGGUGCAAGGGUAUUUGUCAACAGUAUUGCAAAUGGAAUGUGGUGCCGAGGAACUAUCACUGAAUUAAUUCCAAUAGAAAGUAAAAAUAUUAGAAAACCUUGUAGUCCAGCCAAAUUCUCAGUCCAUGAAGUUGCACUUAUAGAAAUAUUCAUGGUAGAUUUUGGAAAUUCUGAAGUCUUAAUUGUCACAAGAGUUGGUAAUACCCAUGUGAGACCAGAACAUACUGCUCACCAGCAUAUUGUACUAGAUGAUUUAUGCCUGGUUCUAAGGAAGUCUGAAUCAUAUAUUGAAGAGCUGCUGAAAGACAUCCCACCAUUAGCUCACCCUUGUUCCUUGAAAGACAUUGUUCCACAUAAUUCAAGUAAAGGCUGGGAAGAGGAAGCUAAAGUGGAAUUUUUGAAAAUGGUAAAUAAUAAGGCUGUUUUAAUGAGAGUUUUUGGAGAAGAAGAUGGUGUGCUUAUUGUAGAUUUGCAGAAACCACCAACAAAUAAAAUAAGCAGUGAUAUGCCUGCGUCUCUUAGAGAUGCAUUAGUUUUUAUGGAACUAGCAAGGUUUAGGUCACAGUCGCCAAGAAGCCACAUUGAAAAUAAUGUGACUUUUCACUAUCAUCCACCUAUUUUGCCUAAAGAAAUGACAGAUGUUUCGGUUAUGAUUUGUUUUAUAAAUAGUCCUACCGAUUUCUAUCUUCAGUUGGUAGAGAACCUGGAUUUUUUACUCCUAUUAAAGACAGUUGAGGAAUUCUAUAGAAGUAAAGAUGAUGAAAAUUUGGAAAUUGUCUGUCCAAUUCAAGAUCAAGCCUGUGUAGCUAAAUUUGAAGAUGGAAUUUGGUACCGUGCAAAAGUCAUUGGAUUGCCUGGACAUCAGGAAGUUGAAGUUAAAUAUGUGGACUUCGGAAAUACUGCAAAAAUAACACUUAAAGAGAUGCGUAAAAUAAAGGAUGAGUUUCUGAAUCCCCCAGAGAAGGCAAUUAAAUGCAAACUGGCAUAUAUUGAACCAUGUGAAAGGACUACACAGUGGUCCAAAAAAGCAAAAGAAAAAUUUGAAGAAAAGACUCAAGAUAAAUUUUUGACAUGUUCAGUUAUUAAAAUUCUGGAAGAUAAUGUGCUCUUAGUUGAGCUCUUUGAUUCCUUUGGUGCUCCUGGAAUGACUCCUACUAGUAUUAAUGACCAGCUAGUCCAAGAAGGCCUAGCAUCUUAUGAAAUAGGAUACAUCCCCAGAGAUAAUUCUAAAAAGCAUGUUGAAGUAUGGGAUCCUUCUCCAGAAGAAAUUAUUUCACAUGAAGUAAACAACUUAAGUCCAGUGUCUGUAAAAUCUCUACCUAGUGAGAUUUUCCAGUCUCUUUAUAACAAGGAACUGCCUGUACAUAUCUGUAAUGUCAUAUCUCCUGAGAAGAUUUAUGUUCAGUGGUUAUUGACUGAAAACUUAGUUAAGAGUUUAGAAGAAAAGAUGAUAACAGCUUAUGAAAACUCAGAAUGGAAGCCUAUUAAAUGGGAAACUGAUAUGCACUGUGCUGUUAAGAUCCCAGAUAAAAAUCAGUGGCGAAGAGGCCAGAUCGUCAGAGUGGUCACAGACACGUUGGUAGAGGUCUUGCUCUAUGAUGUAGGUGUUGAACUAGUAGUGAAUGUUAAAUGUCUAAGAAAACUUGAAGAAGAUCUGAAGACAAUGGGAAGAUUAUCUUUGGAAUGCUCUCUUGUUGAUAUAAGACCAACUGGUGGGAGUGACAAAUGGACAGCAACAGCUUGUGACUGUCUUUCAUUGUACCUCACUGGAGUCGUAGCAACCAUAAUCUUACAGGAGAACAAUACAACAUGGCCAUUACCUGUGAAAAUUUUCUGCAGAGAUGAAAAAGGAGAGCGUGUUGAUGUUUCUAAACAUUUGAUUAAAAAAGGUUUGGCUUUGAGAGAAAGAAGAAUUAUUAAAUCAGAUACUAUCCACUCAUCUGAGAAGUCUCUGCAAAUUCCCAUGGAACAAAGAGAUUCGGUAGUUACUAAAUGUAUUAAAAUUAACUUUGACACUGACCAAAAGGCUGCCGAUAUAAUCAGUGAACACAGAGUAUCUGAAUGUAAGGAGAAAAUUUCAGAACCAAGAGCUGGAUGCUAUAAACCACCAGUUAUUCCUGACAAGAAAGUAUUCGAGGCAAUAGUCAGCUGCAUUGGUGAUGAUGGAACUGUAUUUGUAGUUCCUAAGUUAUCAGAAUUCAAGCUAUUAAAAAUGAUGAAUGAAAUUCAAAGCAGUUUAAAAUGUCUGGGUCUUUUGGAACCUUAUUUCUGGAAGAAGGGCGAACCUUGUGCAGUGAGAGGACCUGAUACUAUGUGGUAUCGAGGCAGAGUAAUUGAAGUUGUAGGUGGCACUAUCAUGGUACAAUAUUUAGAUCAUGGAUUCACUGAAAAGAUUCCACAAUGUCACCUUUACCCUAUUUUGCUGUAUCCUGAUAUACCCCAGUUUUGUAUUCCUUGUCAGCUCUAUCAUACUAUACCAGUUGGGAAUGUGUGGCAGCCAGAUGCAAUCAAGCUUCUUCAGGAGCUGCUGUCAAAGAGAGAGGUGGACAUUCACAUUAUGGAAUUGCCUGAAAAUCCAUGGGGGAAGUUGUGUAUUCAUCUCUAUUUUGAUGGACUGUCACUUUCCUAUUUUAUGGCACACCAUAAAUAUUGCAGUUUUGAAUAUUCUGAGGAGGUAUUUAAAGAAAAACCAACAAACUAUAAAAAAUAUGAGGAAGAAAUAUGGGAAAUAAAAUUUGAGGAAUUACUUUUGUCUGAAAUGGAGACUCCUAUUUUACAAUCAUAUUUGUCUUCGUCCCUGCCUCCGCCAGAAGGACUGUACGCUGUUCGAGUGAAGCACAUUGUCUCACCUAAUGAAGUAUAUAUUUGCCUUGAUUCUAUAGAAAACUGUAAUCAGUUUAACCAUCAUAAUGGCACAAAUGACAAUCAAGUUAGCUCGGAAUCAGAAUCAGAGAGCCUUGAAGAAGCAUUGCAGAGGUUUAAUAAAAUUGUAAAGACGUUUCUUCCUCUGACAGAUUUUAGAACAGAAAUGCCUUGCCUUGCAGAAUAUGCUGAUGGCUUAUGGUAUAGAGCAAAAAUUGUUUGCAUUAAAGAAUUUAAUCCUUUAUCUCUCCUGGUACAAUUUGUUGAUUAUGGAUCAACUGAAAAGUUGACACUAAACAGACUGCGUCAGAUUCCUCUUUAUCUUAUGCAGUAUCCCGCCCGAGCCAUAAAGGUUUUCUUGGCAGGGUUUAAACCUCCCUUAAGGGACACAGGAAAGACAAGAAUACCAUACUGUCCCAAGUGGAGCAUGGAGGCGCUCUGGACUAUGAUAGACUGUCUUCAAGGAAAACAGCUUUAUGCUUCCUCCAUGGCUCAGGCACCAGAACAAACAGUAACCUUAUAUGAAGAUGAACAGUACCCAGUUCAUAUGCCAUUAGUAGAAAUGGGACUUGCAGACCAAGAUGAAUGAUGUAUACAGAGCAGAGCAUCUAUAGCAACCCAGAAGAAAGAAUGCUGUAUUUAGACCUUUUCAGGCUGUUUUCUUGACUUAUUCUACAAUGGUGCUGUUCUUUUCCACCCUAAUUCUUACAUGUUGAACUGUUCAGAAUGUUGUGAGAAAAAUCACAAGUUAAUAAAUAUUUGCUUUCAAACA